AUGAUGUCUCCCGUAUCCCCUAUGGAGUCUGGAAGCCAGGCACCAUGGGCAUCAACAUCAACCUUUGGAGGCGCAGCAGCAAUGGGAGCUGGUGCCGGCGCCGUCGCUGCACGCCAUUCUCUAACCAGUACCACUCCGGCACCCCGAUACUCCGACGAAAAACCAGCACAAUACCACCAAUACAUGGAUUCCAAGAUACCAGAAAGCAACGAGAUGCCGACCAGCGCCAACGUCUGGGAGAUCGACGGCAGAGAGAUGCCGCCACCCAGCGAGUUGGAUGCGGGCAAGAGAGAUGGGUUAAACUUGGGCGAUGAUGCAUCGAAGCUUGGCCAGAUUACCACCUCGCUGCGCGUCUCGCAAGCUGUCGUGUGCACCGUCGCUUAUCAGUCUGCAAAGCCGUUUUGCAAGCUUGGCCACGCCUCUUACGCUGGUCCAUCGUUCACUCAGGUCAUCGAGGGCAUCGCAGCAUUGGCCAAGGUCCUCUCUUGCUUUGCCAAUGUCUCUUACACGAUCGUGCAAAGCACGGUAGAUGACCGUUGUGGACAUGGACAUGGCAUAUGGAACCAGUGGGAGCGGAGGAAGGCCUUCGCAUCCUUCACGAGAGACUAUCUCGAGAACUCUAUCCGCGGACGCACGACGUCGGUUGUAUUGUUCGGUGUCUGGUCCACUGUAGCGACAGGAUAG